AAAAUAUGUGACGUACUUUUGACAUUUUUUGCAAAUUUUUGGUUUAAAAAUGCCAGCGUUCGAGGCAAAGUUCGAUGUACUGGAAAAGUUUGAUGGCAAAUUUUGCGAGUUUUUAAACGUGCAGGAAAAACUGACCGGAAGCAAUUUCAUGGCGAAAAAAUUCAAACAGCCCUGCCGAAAAAAGGAAAAUCUGGUGAACUGCCCGGAAAUCGUGUUGAUGCAAAGGGUACCGUACCACGAGCACGUGUUUGGACUUAUGGAUUACUUCGUCGACACUUUUGGCGAUCGGAUAACUUUUUUGUACGACACUGUGGACAUAAAGCUGAGGGAUAUGUUGAAGGAUACGAAGGGGGGAUUCCCGGAAAAGUUGGCCAAAAAUUAUCUAAACCAGAUAGCCUCCGGUUUGGAUCACCUACACAAACACGGUUUUUUCCACAGGAAUAUUAAUCCUGAUAAUAUCCUUGUCAAGGACUAUUCGGGAUGCCCGAGAGGAUCGGAGAUAUUCAAACUGGCGGGACUUGAAAAUUCAAGGGGGAUGUAUAGUUUGCCGCCUUAUACAGAAACCGUACCAUCAAACAGAUACAAACCCCCAGAAUGCAUUUUAACAGCUGGUCAAUAUGGGUCAAAGGUGGACAUUUGGGCCCUUGGUUGUGUUUUCUACGAACUAUUAAAACAAAAACAGCUGUUUAGAGGCCAUAGUGAUAUUGAACAAUUGGACAGGAUUCAAAGCAUUCUAGGUACACCUAGGUCAAUUUUAAGUUUAAAAAACAAAAACUCUGUCGAGCCGGUUUUCAAAAAUCGGGCGGGGAUUGGAUUGGACCAACUAUUAGGUGAAGUCAGCCUAAGAGGCAGACAUUUGUUGAAAGCAAUGUUGCAAUACGAACCUGAACAGAGAAUAAAUGCGAAAAGGCUCUUAAAACACCCAUAUUUCACGGAACCCAUACAAGAAAAAUACAAGGGUCGUUGCGAACCAGAGUCGUGGACAAAAAAUAAAAACAUUGUCAAAAAAAUUUAUAAAUGUUAAAUAAAUAU